ACUUUUUGCUCACCCAAGUGAGCCACAGAAGAGUCACCCAGAGUCUCGGGUCCCUUUAAGAAGACUCGGUCUUUCGGGUCUUGUGCCUCCCCAGUGGGCUCCCCCGGGUUCCCGCAGCAAAAGGCAAACUUGCCUGGCUGCGGGCCCCAGGGGUAGAGAGGGGUGGUUGGAGGAUCUGCGCCUGGUGGGCGCUGAGAGCGCGCAGGAGUGCGCUGCGGCUUCUUCCCUCUUCGCCUUUCCUUAACCCUUCCCGGAGCGGCGGGCCCCGAGCGAGCGAGGAGCGAGCGUGCUGCAGCGCCCAGGAGCCGCGGCGCUGACCGCCCUGGGCUCCCGAAACUUUGCGCGGAGCGUGGGCUUGACCAGGCGGAGCCGAGCCAGGGAAGGGCUGGGAAGGGACAGGGAAGCUGCAGCUGGAGCGAUCCUAGAGCCCCAGGUCCCCGGCGCUGAGAAGGCGGGUGCAGCCGCAGGGGAGCUGUCCGUUCAGCACCACGGACCCUCCCCCCCCCCCCCCGCCCCAGCUCCCGGGCGGCAGGAAGACGGGGGCUGGCAACAGGCGGGGAGCUGUCCGUUCAGCACCACGGACCUCUGCCCUGCGUGAAAGCGCCCGGCCCCCGCCCAGGACGCUGCCUUUUCUCCAGUUUGCGCGGGGGUGUAGGGAGCAGGCGGAGAGCUUUCCUGGGAGGCUGGGGAAGCAGCGAACACUCUUCUCAGCGACUCGCCUCCCAGCAGUGCUAUUUUUUGCCAUCCGCCCUCACCCCCCAGCACACGCGCCCGCACACACACGCUCGCACGCACACACACGCGCGCACACACGCGCGCGCGCGCACACACACCAGAUCUCUCUGGAUUUCUUUGCCUUGAGUCUCCCGAGGCUGUGAGGAGCCGGGGCGCAUCUCAAACCGAGCUGACUGCUCUGGGCUCCGAAGCCAUGCCCUGCACGAACCCUCGUCCUUACCAAGCUCCUGAGGAAUGAAAGGAACUCAGGGACCCUCCGAAGGCAGCGGUGAUGUGGACCAACCCCCUGGAACCCGCACCCUCCCGAGGGCCAUAGACGACCCAGGGAACUGGAGAGCGCUCAAGACAGGAAAUCCCAGCUUUCCCAAAGUCCCCUUGGAUGCUGGCAAAAGGAGAUUUGGAUUUUUGGAAGCGCCUUUCUUAGGUUGCCCAGCUGCAGAGUGAUUUCCCCUCUGGCACUGAAUCUCCCCCUCCAACCCCCAGCUGUCCAGAGUACCAUGAAGAAGUAUGAGGAUGUGUGACCGAGGUAUUCAGAUGUUGAUCACCACUGUAGGAGCCUUCGCAGCUUUUAGUUUAAUGACCAUUGCAGUGGGCACGGACUACUGGUUAUAUUCCAGAGGUGUGUGCAGGACUAAGUCUACAAGUGAUAAUGAGACCAGCAGGAAGAAUGAAGAAGUAAUGACCCAUUCGGGGCUAUGGAGGACCUGCUGCUUAGAAGGGGCUUUCCGAGGCGUGUGCAAGAAAAUCGAUCACUUCCCAGAAGAUGCAGACUACGAACAGGACACGGCUGAGUAUCUCCUGCGGGCUGUGAGGGCCUCCAGCGUCUUCCCCAUCCUCAGUGUCACGUUACUGUUCUUCGGGGGACUCUGUGUGGCAGCCAGUGAGUUCCACCGCAGCAGACACAAUGUCAUCCUCAGCGCGGGCAUCUUUUUUGUCUCUGCAGGGUUGAGUAACAUCAUCGGCAUCAUAGUUUAUAUAUCAGCCAACGCCGGAGACCCCGGGCAGCGUGACUCCAAGAAAAGCUAUUCCUACGGUUGGUCUUUUUAUUUUGGAGCCUUCUCCUUCAUCAUUGCUGAAAUUGUGGGAGUGGUCGCUGUGCACAUCUAUAUUGAAAAACAUCAGCAGUUACGAGCCAAAUCCCACUCGGAGCUCCUGAAGAAAUCUGCCUUCGCCCGCCUUCCACCCUACAGGUAUAGAUUUCGGAGAAGGUCAAGUUCUCGCUCCACUGAGCCUAGAUCUCGAGACCUGUCUCCCAUCAGCAAAGGCUUCCAUACCAUUCCCUCCACUGAUAUCUCCAUGUUCACCCUCUCCCGGGACCCCUCCAAGAUUACAAUGGGGACCCUCCUCAACUCUGACCGGGACCACGCUUUUCUACAAUUCCACAAUUCCACGCCCAAAGAAUUCAAAGAGUCACUGCAUAAUAAUCCGGCUAACAGACGCACCACGCCUGUCUGAGCUGACCUCUGACCUCUGACCUCUGCCCCGCACCCAGCACAGCCUUGGGGGCAGUGUACACAGAUGUCUGUAAGGUUGCAUGGCAUGGUCCUCGUGAUGGUAUACUUCUUACAAAGAAUGAAACCAAAUGGACUCAGUCCCCUCCCACAUCAGUCCCUCACCUGCCCCAGUCCUGACCCCUCCAUGCCUCUCUAACUUUCAAGCCAAUCCCUAAUGUCACCUCUCUCUCUCUGUGUAUCUGUGCCAGAUGUUUUUCCUUUCUUCCUUCUUUGCUGGAAGGACCUCCACAUUCUUCCCUCCUUGGAAGAGGACUUUACUAGAAGUCACAGGUGGUCCAGGGUGGGUGAUUUCCAAAUCCCCAUCAGGCGUGCAUAGCUGUUCCCAUUGUCCACGUCCUCAGGAAGCCAACCACCCAGGUGGCCCUGAGGGAGGCAUUCACCUUUCUGUGUUAGAAAAUCAUGACCAGAAAUCAAAGAUGUCUGAGCCCCGAAGCAGCUAAUGUAAUAAGCACUCACGUUAUUAAAGGUUUUGCCGUGUCGUAACCAA